AUGUUCAACUAACUAUUAGAAUUCAGAAAUGCAAAACUUCUAGUUUAAGCUCUUACAAAUAAAAUUCAUGAAAUUGAAUACUUUUAGAAGACUGGACAGUAAUAUUAGUGUGGAAAUAAUGAAGACUUUUCAAUAGCUGGAUAAUAACUACUAGAAUUCUAUUUUUAUGACUACAUGUUGCUCUAAGGGUACUAAAAUUAAUUUUAUUAAAGGUUUCCAAAUAAUUAGAGUCAAUUUAAAAAACCAAGUGACAUAAUUUAAUUAAGGUAAAGGCUAAUUAAUGAUAAAUACUUAUCAGAGAUAGCUAUUCUACUAAAUAUUUAAAAUCUAUUAAAUAUUGGAAACUAGAAAUCAUUAAAGUACAUUCUAUUUAAUAUUUAGAAAUAAUCCAAAAGUACUAUCAGAUUGUGUUAAAUCCAUAAUAGGGGCACAUUACUAUGAUAAACAAAACGAUCUAGAGACCCUUCGAGAUAUUAUUCACCCAAUCGUAGUAUAAUUGUUGAAUAAGUAUCUAUCAAAUUUAUACAUAGAGGAGAACAAAUAACCAGAACACAGUGGAAAUAUAAUCCAAAAUCUUCCUUCUUAGAGUACCUUAAUUCUUACAAAGGAGAAUUAAACAUCAAUCCUAAACUAACUAUAGAAUGGAAAAAAGAUGAUUCCGUUUUAAAUUAAAAUAAAUCUUUAUAUUUAAUUUCUUUAGAAUUAAAUAGCACUAUGAAAGUACAAAAGGUAGGCGUAAACAAAAGAGAAACUGAACAAAAUGUAUACUUAGAGGCUUUGCUUUAACUUAGAAAUUAUCAUACAAAGAACUACUAAAAAUAGAAGAAAUUAAAUAACAAAACGGAAAUUUAAGAAAGUCAGGGUGAAUCUGAGUUAUCUACCUCUCUCGAUUCAACCUUAAAUAAUCAAAAUUUAUCAUAUUAUAGUUUUACAGAGAAAACUCUGGAUAGAAUUUAAAUAAACUUUGAUUAAUAAUUUAAUCUCAUGCUAGAGUAGUUGGCAAACGAAUGA